AUGAACCCAUGGCACAGCCCUAGGCACAUCACAACACCUGGUUGCCAAGGCCGUGGUGCCAGUAUGUCAACCCUCCUAGCCCAUCAAGGGGGCCUAGUAUCAUCUCUUGUAUUUUCUCCCUUUCAAAAUCGCAACAUUUUAGCUUGCACCUCUUGGGAUAAGUCAGUAACACUUUAUGACGAAUCCAAUUCUGCUGUAUUGUCACAUUCGGAUUCCCGUCCAAUACUAUGUUGCGACUUUGUAGAGGAUUCUUCAAUAUGUUUUGCGGGAAUUAGCAAAACUCUCUCACUUUUAGAUAUAAAUAAGAAUGUUUCUUCAAAAAUCGGCAGGCAUGACGCUGCAAUACACCGUGUUAAGUAUCACAAGGGCACAAAUACUGUGAUAGCUAUUGGGUGGGAUAAAACUAUCCGAUUAUAUGAUUUGAGAGCUAAUUUGCUAAAUGCAGUUCUGCAGGCAAACCUGCACGGUAAACCCUGUUGCAUGGACCUUGUAAAGGAUACUUUGGUGGUUGCAGAUUCAGCCAAAAGGAUCUAUAUUUACGAUUUGUCUGCUGGGUUAAAUGCAUUUGAAACGCCUAAAAUGAGGGAUAAUGUGCUUAAAUACCGGUACCGUAGUUUAUCAAUUUUCCCCGAUUUGAAAGGAUUCAUCGUCUCAUCCAUCGAAGGAAGGGUGGCAUGGGAACUAUUGGAUGAUUCGAGCGACAGCAAGGGAAAUCAAUAUGUAUUCAAAUGCCACAGGGAUAAAGACACAGCUGAAGAGUUAAUUUACAGUGUGGAUGCCACGUCGUUCCAUCCAAAUGGAACAUUUGUAACAGGCGGGGCUGACGGCGUAGUUUGUGCAUGGGAUGGAUACACCAGGAAGAGACUUUGGAAAACAAGUCCAUUCAACGCCGGAGUGACUGCAAUUACUUACGAUCCCAAAGGGGAGAAACUCGCAAUAGCCACGGGAAAUAUUUAUAACAUGGGCCAAGAAACAAUUAAGCCACGGGUCGUCAUUAAAACCCUCUAA